UGGCCACUCCAAAUUGUAUGUGAGUGUGAUUGGCUGGCGACCAGUCCAGGGUGGACCCGGGACAGGUGGGAUAGGCUCCAGCAUCCCCCCUGGUGAGGAUAAGCGGUAGAAAACGAAUCGUACGUUUGUACCUCUGCUGGACAUCAUACAGGUUGCAGGUGAGUUAUGUAUUUCUUUUUGACUAAACGCCAUUUACGGCAUCCCUGAUGGGUUGUGGGUCUAAAUGCUGAAUGCUAGACCCACACACUAUCAUACAUGCAAUACACAGCCGCAAAAGUUUUACCAUUACAACGCAACUGCUCAAAGACUUGUGGACAAUUAGUUUAGGGAAGUUAUGUGUCCUAGCAAAGACGUUUGGCUCGGUGGCGGCCAUGUUUUUUCUCAACCAGUCUUGCUACAUUGUUUCAACUUGACACAUAUGUAUGUAAGUGCUGGCUUGGUCAUUAUGGGCUUGAUAACAGCCCCACCGUGUGGUGUAUGUUGGAAAACUAAUAGCACAGACAACAGAGAAAGUCCACCCAUUUGUGUGCAGUGCUAGCUAUAGCUGCUAGCGCCCAAACAUUAUGUUGGUACAUAAAGUCCUUCUAAAGUGAUGGAAAACAUGGCGUGUGUGUGUGUGUAAACGUAGUGCUUGUGUGCCUAAAAGUGCGUGUAAUUUAUGAUCAGACAGUGGAGUGCUGACAUAUUGCCGCUAUUGAUCUUUCGCCCUUAAAUCAACACAGAAGCCUGGAUACUGAUGACGGGCAGGCCAUGGUGGAAGGUGGAGAUAACGCACACACAUGCGCAUGCGCACACUAAUGUGCUACAAAUAAACUAGAACACAGUCUGAGCACAAUAUAAGGACCUGCCAUGGAUUUUACAAACACAUUUUGUGUUGAAUAAAACUGAAUAGUAGUCAAUUAUCUUGUUUAAAAAUAAUAAUAAUAAUAAUGGUAAUGGUUUUAUAUCAUUUGUGCAUGCAUCAGAUUACAAUUGAGUGCAUCCCAUAAUCAGGUCCCAGUUCCACAUGUCCAAAAGGAGUAGGAAGAAGCAAAGCUUAUUAAAUCCUACCCCUCCAUCUGGUACUUUUACAAUCACUAACUGUUACAUUUGUUCACUUCCUGCUUUCCUAAUAUAGUUUCAAAAUUAUUUAAUUUUCAAUAAGUUUUUGGUUUUUAUUUAUUUUAUUAAUUUUUAUAUUUUUAUUAAUUUUUUAUAUUUUGUAUUUUUGUCACAUCUAUUUAUUUUUAUAAAUUUUUAUAUUUUUUAAUUUUUUACAUUUUUUAUUUUUUGUCACAUACCUAAGUAGGAGGUGAUAUGACCAUCCAAUAACACAAUGGUUACCAUAGUAACUGUCAAUAUAGUGAUAUCUAUACUUAGCAAACAUGUAUUUAGCAAACAUCACCUGAUUGUAUUGUUAUAAUAUAAUACAAUAAUAAUAAUUCCACUUUUUUACAUGAUGAUUCAAGUUAAAAAGUGAGGCGUUUUUGGGUGUAGGAAACGAGAUUUUUCAUCCUAACGCUAGUAGGAUCUCCUGAGUGACUUUAUUGGCUUUCUUUAUUUAGAAGUCGAUGUUCUUUAGAAGUCAAAACGGCGUGAAAUCAGAUUUUCUCCUCUUUUAUCCUUUAACUACCCACAUCAGCUGUGUGUGUGUGACAACUCUCCAUCAUCUCCUGGCAGAAGGUCCAUUAGCUGUGGACCCCCUCCUGGGUUGCUUGGCGAUAAAGCAAACCAAGAGUGUUUGACCAACGCAAAUAUUUGGACUUCCUGCGACGUGCACGCAGGCCGGGGUGCAUAUAAACACCGCACGCCCGAUGCUUGCCUCAGCAGAAGCGCAGAAGUCCACCAGAACCUCGUCAGAAGCUCACUCAGAAGGAGGAGAAGCGUGGCUAAAGUCCACCAGAAGCUCUCCAGAAGCUGACGAGCAGCUCUCUAGAAGGACAGGGGAUGUUUGUGAGGGGUUCACCACACAUUCUCAGCAGAAGUCCACCAGAAGCUGACUAGAAACUCACCAGAAGCACUUGAAAGGUUUGCCAGGAGCUUGCCAGAAGUCCACCUGAAGAAGCUUGUCAAACGUCCACCAGAAGUUGACCAGAAGUGCAGGAAAAGGUCGCCACAAGUCCACCAAAAGCUCUUCAGAAGUUGACGAGAAACUCACCAGAAGCACCGGUGAAGCUCGCCUGAAGCACAUGAAAGCUUUGCCAGGAGCUCGCCAGAAGUCCACCAGAAGUUGGCCACAAGCUCACCGGAAGUCCACCAAAAGCUCUCCAGAAGCUCAGCAGGACUCCCUGGUUGGCCUUCUGCUUGACUUCCAAGCAAGCGUCAUGGCGACAGGCAUCAUGAGGAGCUUCCUGGUCCAGACGCCGUCUCUGGAGUGCCUGCCCAUCAUCUUGCAGCGUUCUCCAUCCCAGGAGGAGGAGCAGGAGGUUGGGAGGCCGGAGGAGACGGACAACGAAGAAGAUGAAGAGGUGGAGGAAGAAGAGGAGGAAUGUUUGGAUGAAGUUCCCCAGAACGUUUUGGACGUCACCAAGCAGCUGCUGAAGUUCGCCGACCUCAUCAGUCGAGACGUCCAGAGAUACUUCGGCCGUCGUCACGGCGACCAGGAGACAUGCGACAUCUACGACGACAGCGUGUCCAUCACCGCCGGCGGCCGUCUGCGUUACUACGACGACCUGCUGAGACUCGCCGGGUCCGGAGGUCCGGAAGAGCGGGAAGACACCCCACCUGGGUCUCACCCGGACCAGCGGGGGUCCGGUCUGGGACCCUUGGCAGAGCUCUUUGACCGCAAGGGUCCCAGUCAGGGCCCCCCCAUGAACAAGAGACGGCUGCCGCUCAGCUUCUGGACCCAGCCGGCCCCCCCGGGGGGCGAGCACACCCACCUGCAGUACAGCCUGCUUACACACACCUUGGACCACUCGCCCCCAGACUUUAGCGACCUGUUGGCCCACUGGGACCCCGAACUCACCCACACUCUGACGCACGAGUCUAAUAUGGACCAUUGAACGCACCAUCCAUCCUG